AUGGCCGACGCAGCAAUGAACGGAGGCAAUUUUGCCCACAACAACACCGAGCCUCCCCAGGAGAUCAAGGUCCUACCCCUCUUCUCCCUCAAAGGCAAAACCGCCAUCGUUUCGGGUGCCGGAGCCGGUAUUGGUCUCGCAGUUGCACAGGGCUUCGCCGAGGCAGGUGCCAACGUCGCAAUCUGGUACAACAGCAACAAAAAGGCCAUCGACCGUGCUGCCGACAUCGAGAAGGAAUAUGGUGUCAAAUGCAAAGCCUACCAAGUCAACGUGCAAGACCCCGCCAAAGUCGAAGAAGCAAUCAGAUCCCAGGUCGCCGAGUUCAACCACCGCCUCGACAUCUUCGUCGCCAACUCCGGCAUCCCCUGGACCCAAGGCGCCAUGAUCGACGGUGAGAUCGACCACUACCGCAAGGUAGUCACCACCGAUCUGGACGGCACCUUCUACUGCGCGCGCGCCUGUGGAGCCAUAUGGCGCGAACAAAAGAAAAACAAACUGGACAACUUCAAGUCCGGCUCCUUCAUCGCCACAGCCUCGAUGUCCGGCCACGUGGUCAAUAUCCCGCAGCUGCAGGCGGCAUACAACGCGGCUAAAGCGGGGGUGAUCCACCUCUGUCGCAGUUUGGCGGUUGAGUGGGUACAGUUUGCGCGCGCGAACAGCGUAUCUCCCGGGUACAUGGCGACGGAGAUUAGUGAUUUCAUACCCAAAGAGACAAAGGAUAUCUGGAAAGAUAAGAUCCCCAUGGGCAGAGAGGGCGAGGCGCACGAGCUGAAGGGUGCGUAUCUCUAUUUGGCCAGUGAUGCGUCGAGCUACAUGACCGGGGCCGAUAUGAUUGUGGACGGUGGAUAUCAUUGUCCUUGA